GAGGUUGCACUAGCUAGUUGUGCUGUAGGUAGAAUAAUGGUGGAUAAGACGUUGGGUAGAAGCAGGACGGGAAGCUCGACGUCUCCUGAUCUGCCAAGGCUUCUUCUACCUCCCUCCAUGGAUAGGCGAUAGCUUCUUCUACUGCACUCCAGCACUCUCUUGGCUCUGGUACGAUGUUGAGCAUGCAAGGGGCGAUUGAUCGGAAGGAAGUGUGCGUAUGAAUACCUUUUGUGGAUGAGCUUGCCAGCCUUUUCUCAGACGCCAGAGCUCAGGGUGAAGUGAGGCCCUGACAUGGAUGUCGAUAACGUGAUGAAGAAGACAAAGAAGGCUGGGAAACCUUCAGCAUCCACUGCUCGGCAUAACUCCUUGUUGUCAUUCAACGAUAUCAGCCCCCUGUUUCAUGAUCAUCAUCCCCAGCAAGACAUCAGAGCCCGGGGUCUCGGCAGAGGAUCCCUUGACAGAAGUUUCCCUCCUGCAUCUCCAAACAUUCGACUCCGUCCGAUGAAACGCACAGAUUACAAGCCGAAGCUAGACCAGCUGGUAGGGUCGUCGACCCUUGAAGAAUGCUUCCCGAACCAGAAAAAGGCCAUGGCUCUAGCCAUAGCGACGCAGCGGAAAGAAAGCAAACCUCAAUGUCUUAUCGGCGGAUCAAGGUCCUGGGUAAGGAGAAAGCGCGCAGUCAGCGUGAUCCUAAGCCCCCGAGUUCAGAGCCCUCUCGGGAGGAGUGCCGGCCUUGGAACGUGGAAGAGCACGAGCGAAAGAGUCUUGAUGGAGAACACCUCUCCAGUCAAAGACAAGAGCGAAGCCGAGAGUCCCAUCCUUGCAAGCGUGAUCGGCAGCAAAGGGUUAAUGGAGUUGGAAGACUCGAGCGAUUCUACAGACUCGAGGCAUUCGGAGGCUCAGUCACGACGUGAGAGCAUCAAGUCCGACGAGCACAGCAUCGGAAAAUCCUCUCCUGGCCGUAGCGUCAAGCGCGAUUCAUCCUUCCUUGGGUUGAACUCCACCGUGCAGCCCAACUCUUCUUUUGAUCCCGGGAUUGUUCCUCCGCAAACUGCAAGCUGGGAAAGUUCAGGAUGGUUCUCACGUGCGGCGUCUCUUGAGAAGCACACAGAUCAGCAUCUGCUGCCACCCGCGUUGAGACAUGGGCGAACUCAUCCCGCAACACCUUGCAAGGACUUGGAAUUACUGGGAAUUAGAACAUACUUCAAUGGAGCAAGGCGUAUCUAUGGAAGAGCAAAGAGUAGCAGUUCCAUGCACAACGACAAAUCUUAUUUUUUCAAUCCCUUGAUCUUUGAAAGCCAGAGCCUCGUCGACGUUGAGCGCGAGAGGAGUGUCAUCCUUAAGCUCGCCAAGGCGAAAUAGUUUCACUACCAGCAGUUUUCCAUGUACAUGUGUCCGGUAUAUCCCACUUCGCUUGCGUCUCCUGUAUAAUUUUGUGGCAACUUCUGAAAAUUACAUUCUUAC